AUGUGGAAGAUCAUUGCGAAAUUUGACAACUGGCAACAGAACAAAUUCAGUACUGAGUUUGAGGUGAAGAAAUAUGGUAGGUAAAAGAGCUGUGUGUGUGUGUGUGUGUGUGUGUGUGUGUGCACGUGCCUGUAUGUCAUUCAACAUGGUUCACUAUCCAUAUUAUUACUUGUUGAGCUAAAGCCUGGGCAGAAGCCUGGGGAGCUAACAUGAUGCUCUGUUGCAGUGCUGCCUGCUUUCAAUGUCACACUGACUCCCAAGAAAUCCUUCCUCAGUCUGGAUGAUACUGAGCUGGUGGUGGAGAUCACAGCCAGGUUAGUAACACAAAUGUAAACCUACUGUAUUGCUUAUUAAUGUGUUAUGUACGGCUUAUGAAACCCUUAUGUAGGUACCCUUCAGAUAUAGUGUUACUAAUGCCGCGUUCACAUCAUGUCGGAAACUCGGCACCUCCGAGGAUUUUUUUUUGCGUAGAGCUUCCUAUUGUUUGAUUCUGAUAGUUCCCAAGUGGGAAACUCAGGUAUCAUCUUUCUACAACGAGUAAGCAAGUCGAGUUUCCGACGUGAACGCGGCAUUAAACACUGGAAUAAUAGUUGUGAUAAUUGUCACAAAAAUAGCGCACCCAUCACGGAACUGUCACGGUUUCGGCCGAGGCUGCUCCUCCUCCUGGUUUGGGCAGGCUUCGGCGGUCGUCGUCCCCGGAGUACUAGCUGCCACCGAUCUAUGUUUCAUGUUCGAUUGGUUUUGUCUGGAUGUUGUACACCUGUGUCUUGUUAGUCCUCGUUAGUGCCCUAUUUAGUUCUCGUUGUGUGUGCUUGUCGUUGUGUGUGAUUGUACUACUGUUUCGUGUUUUGGAGCUACAUUUUCCCUCCAGUGUUUGAGAGGGUUGUUUGCACAUGUUUGUGCGUCAUUCGUUUUGUCGCCUGUGUGCGUCGUGCAUUUUGCCUUCGGGCUUAUUUUGCUUCGGUUGGAUAUAUAUUUAUUGCACUAAAGCCUUUGGACUGAGCCUCUGUGUCCUGCGCAUGAUUCCUACACCACACCCACCUUCAGCACGCCUUGACAGAAUCACACACCACUAUAAUGGAAUCAGCAGGAUCGGCAGUGACGCCUGUGUCGCUCGAGGAGCAUCUCCGUGGGCAAGAGGACCAGAUCCGACACCUGGAGACCGCUCUACAGGAGGUAAUCAACAUCAUGCACCGAUGGGAGGCCAGCAGUGUACCCACACCUCCACCUACCCUGUCCAUCCCAUCGGUCGGUCCACCAGUCCCAGGUUCGGAACCCAGGGGGAUUCGGCUCUCGCUCCCGAGGGCGUAUGACGGAACAGCUGCCGGGUGUCAGGGGUUCCUCCUGCAGGUAGAGCUCUACCUGGCCACUGUACACCCGGUGCCCUCGGGAUACGAGAGCGUUUCCGCCCUCAUCUCCUGUCUCACGGGCAAGGCGUUGGAGUGGGCUAACGCCGAGUGGAGGAAGAUGGACGCCAACACCAUUACCUACGCCGAGUUCUCCCGCCGCUUCAAGGCCGUGUUCGACCAUCCACCUGAGGGCAAAGCGGCGGGGGAGCGUCUGGUCCAUUUGAGACAGGGGAGGAGGAGCGCUCAGGUGUUCGCUCUAGAGUACCGGACUCUAGCGGCGGAUGCAGGGUGGAGUGAACGGGCUCUCAUCGACCAUUUUCGAUGUAGCCUACGAGAGGACGUUCAAUGUGAGUUGGCCUGCAGGGAUACCCAUCUUACCUUCGACCAGUUGGUCGAUAUGUCCAUCCGUCUGGACACCCUGCUGGCCACCCGUGGACGUCCCGAGGGGAGUCCGUCCAUUCCGCCCUCCGGCACCUCCGAGCCGAGCCCUAUGGAGCUCGGGGGUGCCGGCGCUAGAGAACGGAGUAGGAAGAGCCCGAGGGGGCCUGUCUCCUGCACCAAGUGCGGUCGUGGAGGGCACACUACGGCCAGGUGCUGGGGAGGGUUCUCCGGGAGUAACGACAACAGGUCACGCACUGGGGGGGCCUCCCAGGUGAGUAGACGUCCCACUUACCCAGAGCUUUCUGUUGCACACUUUUGUAUACCUGUUUGUUUUCCACAGGUUGCACCUCAUUCCCAGCAUAAGGCGCUAGUAGAUUCAGGCGCAGCUGGGAAUUUUGUUGAUCGUAAGUUUUGUUUUGAGUUAGGGAUCCCUCUCCUACCUGUUGACCAACCUUUUCCCGUUCAUGCCUUAGACAGCCGUCCGUUGGGGUCGGGGUUGAUCAGGGAGAUCACAGCGCCACUUCGGAUGUGUGCGCAGGGGGGUCAUGAGGAGACUAUACAGUUGUAUCUGAUCGGCUCUCCUGCGUACCCAGUGGUGCUGGGGAUUCCCUGGUUAAGCACCCAUAACCCUGCUAUUUCGUGGCAACAGAGGGCUCUCGAUGGGUGGUCUGCUCAGUGCGAGGGGCGAUGUCUGGGUGUUUCCGUGGGGGCGACUUCGGUGGAAAGUCCAAACCAAGUGCCCGCACUGCACAUUCCGCCUGAAUAUGGGGAUUUAGCACUCGUGUUUAGUAAAACUAGGGCGACGCAGUUGCCUCCUCAUAGACAGGGGGAUUGUGCGAUUGAUCUCCAGGCAGGAGCAGCGCUCCCACGGAGCCAUGUGUAUCCUUUGUCUCAAGAGGAGAGGAAAGCUAUGGAGACUUAUAUAGCCGAAUCUUUGAGACAGGGAUACAUUCGGCCCUCCACUUCUCCCGCCUCCUCAAGCUUCUUUUUUGUGAAAAAGAGAGAUGGAGGGUUGUGCCCGUGCAUUGAUUACCGUGGUCUCAAUCAGAUUACUGUGAAAUACAGUUAUCCACCCUCUGAUUGCGACCAUGACGGAGUCAUUGCAUGGAGCGCGGUUUUUCACAAAACUGGAUCUCAGGAGCGCAUAUAACUUGGUGCGCAUUAGGGAGGGUGACGAAUGGAAGACAGCGUUUAGUACCACGUCUGGUCAUUUCGAAUAUCUGCCCAGGGGUAAGUUACAACCCCUGCCCGUUCCACAACGACCAUGGUCCCACCUCUCGGUGGAUUUUGUGACAGACCUUCCCCUCUCUCAGGGGAAUACCACCAUCCUGGUCGUUGUGGACCGGUUCUCUAAGGCCUGUCGUCUUCUCCCUAUGGCGGGUCUUCCUACUGCCCUACAGACCGCUGAGGCCCUAUUUACCCAUGUCUUCCGGCAUUACGGGGUACCCGAGGAUAUAGUGUCUGAUCGAGGUCCCCAGUUUACCUCUCGUGUUUGGAGAGCGUUCAUGGAGCGUUUGGGGGUCUCGGUUAGCCUUACCUCAGGGUACCACCCGGAGAGUAACGGGCAGGUAGAACGUGUCAACCAGGAUGUGGGUAGGUUUCUGAGGUCGUAUUGCCAGGACCGGCCGGAGGAGUGGGCACGGUACAUUCCCUGGGCCGAGAUGGCCCAGAACUCUCUCCGCCACUCCUCUACUAACCAAACCCCCUUCCAAUGUGUGUUAGGGUACCAGCCGGUUCUGGCACCUUGGCAGCAGAGCCAGAUCGAGGCCCCUGCGGUGGAUGAUUGGAUGAGGCGCUCGGAAGAGACGUGGAACGCUGCCCACGUCCACCUGCAGCGGGCCGUCCUUCGUCACAAGGCGAGCGCCGAUCUCCACCGCAGUGAGGGGCCGGUGUACGCACCCGGAGAUCGAGUCUGGCUCUCUACCAGAAACCUACCCCUCCGCCUGCCCUGCCGGAAGCUGGGUCGGCGGUUUGUGGGGCCCUUUAAAGUCCUGAGAAGAUUGAACGAGGUAUGUUAUAGAUUACAUCUACCUGUUGAGUAUAGGAAUAUUAACCCCUCGUUCCAUGUGUCUCUUCUCAGGCCGGUGGUAGCUGGUCCACUCCAGGACAAUGAGAUAGGGGAGACUCCUCCGCCCCCACUGGACAUCGAGGGGGCUCCGGCGUACACCGUUCGGUCCAUCUUGGACUCUAGACGCCGGAUGGGGGGUCUUCAGUAUCUCGUGGAGUGGGAGGGGUACGGCCCGGAGGGACAUCCUAGACCCAUCUCUCCUGUCGGAGUUCCACCGGGACCAUCCCGCGCGCCCUGCUCCGCGUCCUCCUGGUCGUCCCCGAGGCCGGGGUCGGCGCACGGCUGGAGCCGCGCGUCAAGGGGGGGGGGGGGGUACUGUCACGGUUUCGGCCGAGGCUGCUCCUCCUCCUGGUUCGGGCAGGCUUCGGCGGUCGUCGUCCCCGGAGUACUAGCUGCCACCGAUCUAUGUUUCAUGUUCGAUUGGUUUUGUCUGGAUGUUGUACACCUGUGUCUUGUUAGUCCUCGUUAGUGCCCUAUUUAGUUCUCGUUGUGUGUGCUUGUCGUUGUGUGUGAUUGUACUACUGUUUCGUGUUUUGGAGCUACAUUUUCCCUCCAGUGUUUGAGAGGGUUGUUUGCACAUGUUUGUGCGUCAUUCGUUUUGUCGCCUGUGUGCGUCGUGCAUUUUGCCUUCGGGCUUAUUUUGCUUCGGUUGGAUAUAUAUUUAUUGCACUAAAGCCUUUGGACUGAGCCUCUGUGUCCUGCGCAUGAUUCCUACACCACACCCACCUUCAGCACGCCUUGACAGAAUCACACACCACUAUAAUGGAAUCAGCAGGAUCGGCAGUGACGCCUGUGUCGCUCGAGGAGCAUCUCCGUGGGCAAGAGGACCAGAUCCGACACCUGGAGACCGCUCUACAGGAGGUAAUCAACAUCAUGCAGGGGUUUUUUGGGUUUUUUGCCAUUUUUCUUUACCCCCUUUCCCAUUUUUUUCCUUUUUUUUUUGGGUUUUUUUUUUUUUUACCCUUUUUGCCCCCCCAGGAAAGGGUUUUUUUGAAUUUUGUCGUUUUUUUCCCUUCCCCGGGGUUUUUUUUUUUUAUUUUUUUUUGGAAAUUUUUUUAAACACUAAACCUUUGGAUUUCCCUGGGGCCCCUGGGUUUUUAACCCCCCCCUUCACCCCUUCAAACCCCCCCAAAAAAGGGGAACACCAACCCGGGGGUUUUUCGCUCAAAAGCCUCCGGGCGAGGCCUCCGAAUAAGACCCUUGGGAGGUAAUAACAUAACCCCCGGGGGGGCCCCUUUCCCCUUUUCCCCCCCCCCUUUCCCGGGGUUGGGGCCCCCGCCCGGGGAACCCGGGGGGGGUUUUCCUUUCCCUAAAAACCCAAAUUUCCGGGUUGGGGGGUUUUCCCUCCUGGGAAGGGCUCUCCGGGAGGGCCCCCGGGGUUAAUAAGACUUUCCCCCCCUUUUCCCUCAACCGGGGGGGGGGCCCGGGGGGAAAGGGACCCAAAAAUUUUUUUGGGGGCCCCCCCCUUAAGGGUGUUCGACCACCCCCUUUUGGGAAGGGGCCAAAAGUUGGUUUUUGGGGGGGGGGGCCCCUUUUCCCCCUGGAGGUUUUAAAGGGCUUUAGGGGGGGGUUUGGGGCUUUGACCCUUUUAACCAAGGCCUUUUUUGGGGGGGCCCGGGUAACCCAUUUCCCUUGGACCGUUUGGAAAAUUCCCCGUUCAUGCUGGGGGUCUCCCGAAAAGUCCUUUCCCGGGCCCCCCGGUUUUCCGGCCGAGCCCCAUAUUUGGGGUGGGUGAAAAGUAAAGCCCGGGGGCCCCCGAAAAUUUGGUGGGGGGGCACCUGGGCCAGGGGGGGGGGGUUUGGGAGUAGAAAAUCCCCGGGGGGGCCCCCGGGGUGGCCCAAAAAAGAUUUCUGUUAAACUUUUUAUCUGUUUUUUUUCCACAGGUUGCACCUCAUUCCCAGCAUAAGGCGCUAGUAGAUUCAGGCGCAGCUGGGAAUUUUGUUGAUCGUAAGUUUUGUUUUGAGUUAGGGAUCCCUCUCCUACCUGUUGACCAACCUUUUCCCGUUCAUGCCUUAGACAGCCGUCCGUUGGGGUCGGGGUUGAUCAGGGAGAUCACAGCGCCACUUCGGAUGUGUGGCGCAGGGGGGUCAUGAGGAGACUAUACAGUUGUAUCUGAUCGACUCUCCUGCGUACCCAGUGGGCUGGGGGAUUCCCUGGUUAAGCACCCAUAACCCUGCUAUUUCGUGGCAACAGAGGGCUCUCGAUGGGUGGUCUGCUCAGUGCGAGGGGCGAUGUCUGGGUGUUUCCGUGGGGGCGACUUCGGUGGAAAGUCCAAACCAAGUGCCCGCACUGCACAUUCCGCCUGAAUAUGGGGAUUUAGCACUCGGUGUUUAGUAAAACUAGGGCGACGCAGUUGCCUCCUCAUAGACAGGGGGAUUGUGCGAUUGAUCUCCAGGCAGGAGCAGCGCUCCCACGGAGCCAUGUGUAUCCUUUGUCUCAAGAGGAGAGGAAAGCUAUGGAGACUUAUAUAGCCGAAUCUUUGAGACAGGGAUACAUUCGGCCCUCCACUUCUCCCGCCUCCUCAAGCUUCUUUUUUGUGAAAAAGAGAGAUGGAGGGUUGUGCCCGUGCAUUGAUUACCGUGGUCUCAAUCAGAUUACUGUGAAAUACAGUUAUCCACCCUCUGAUUGCGACCAUGACGGAGUCAUUGCAUGGAGCGCGGUUUUUCACAAAACUGGAUCUCAGGAGCGCAUAUAACUUGGUGCGCAUUAGGGAGGGUGACGAAUGGAAGACAGCGUUUAGUACCACGUCUGGUCAUUUCGAAUAUCUCGUCAUGCCAUAUGGGUUGAUGAAUGCUCCAUCAGUCUUCCAAUCCUUCGUAGAUAACAUUUUCCGGGAUAUGCAGGGACAAGGGGUGGUCGUAUACUGUACAUUGAUGACAUUCUGGUGUACUCGUCUAGCCGAGCAUAUAACCCUGGUGCGGCGUGUAUUGAGGAGGAUGUUGGAGCACGACCUAUAUGUCAAGGCAGAGAAAUGUCCUGUUUUUUCCGGGGGUUUUGGGGGGGGGGUCCCCUUUGGGAAAAAACCCAAAAAGGGGGAAAAAUUUUGGGGUUUUUUUUUUGGGGGGUUUUUUUUUUGGGUUUUAACCCCUUUUCCCCUUUUUUCCCCCCCCCUUUUUGGGGGGCCCGGGGGGUUUGGGCUGGGGGGGGGCCCGGGGGCCCGGGGUUUUCCCCCAGGGGUUUUUUGGGGGGGGAGGUUUGGGGGGGGUUUUUUUUUUCCCCCCCCAAAAAAACCCCCCGGGGGGGUUUUUUUUCCCCCGGGGGGGAAAACCCCCCCAAAAGGGGGUUUUUUUUUUUAAAAAAAGGGGGGGGUUUAAACAUUGAAUGGCUUUUUUCCCCCUUUUUUUGUACCCUCGUCCUUUUAGCCGGGGAGGGGCAUUUUAAAUUUAACCUGGUGCGGCCCCGGUAAAUUGGGGGAGGAGGAUUUUUGGGCACGACCUAUAUUCAAGGCAGAGAAAGUCUUUUUUUUUCCGGGAGUCGGUCCCCUUUUUGGGUUAUCGGUUGUCCGCGUCAGGGGUGAGAAUGGAGGUGGAUCGUGUGUCCGCUGUGCGUAAUUGGCAAACCCCAACUACUGUAAAAGAGGUGCAGCAGUUUUUGGGCUUUGCGAAUUACUACCGGAGGUUUAUCCGGGGUUUUGGACAGGUGGCAGCUCCCAUCACGUCCCUUCUGAAGGGGGGUCCGGUGCGCCUGCAGUGGUCAGCCGAUGCGGACAGGGCCUUUAGGAGACUGAAGGACCUGUUUACGUCGGCUCCGGUGCUGGCGCAUCCGGAUCCCGCAUUACCCUUUCAGGUCGAGGUAGACGCGUCUGAGGCUGGUAUAGGGGCCAUUCUCUGUCAACGGUCCGGCACGCCACCUAAACUCCGCCCCUGUGCCUUUUACAGUAAGAAGCUCAGCCCGGCGGAGCGUAACUAUGACGUUGGGGACAGGGAGCUGUUAGCUGUAGUUCAAGCCCUUAAGGUGUGGAGGCAUUGGCUUGAGGGGGCUCAACACCCUUUCCUCAUUUUGACUGACCAUCGGAACCUGGAGUACAUCCGGGCAGCGAGGAGACUGAACCCUCGCCAGGCUCGAUGGAGUAUGUUUCUCACCAGGUUCGUAUUUAAAAUCACGUACAUCCCUGGGUCUCAGAAUGGUAAGGCAGAUGCGCUGUCCCGGCGGUAUGACACGGAGGAGAGGUCCGUUGAGCCCACUCCCAUACUACCGGAGUCUUGCCUAGUGGCACCGGUGGUGUGGGAGGUCGAUGCCGAAAUCGAGCGAGCGUUGCGUACCGACCCCAGCCCUCCACAGUGUCCUGAGGGUCGGAAGUACGUUCCGCGCGAGAUUCGGGAUCGACUCAUUUACUGGGCUCACACGUCACCCUCCUCUGGACAUCCGGGUAUCGGCCGGACGGUGCAUUGCCUCAGCACUAAAUACUGGUGGCCCACUUUGGCAAGGGAUGUGAGGGUUUAUGUCUCCUCCUGCUCGGUGUGUGCCCAGUGUAAGGCGCCCCGACAUCUGCCCAGGGGUAAGUUACAACCCCUGCCCGUUCCACAACGACCAUGGUCCCACCUCUCGGUGGAUUUUGUGACAGACCUUCCCCUCUCUCAGGGGAAUACCACCAUCCUGGUCGUUGUGGACCGGUUCUCUAAGGCCUGUCGUCUUCUCCCUAUGGCGGGUCUUCCUACUGCCCUACAGACCGCUGAGGCCCUAUUUACCCAUGUCUUCCGGCAUUACGGGGUACCCGAGGAUAUAGUGUCUGAUCGAGGUCCCCAGUUUACCUCUCGUGUUUGGAGAGCGUUCAUGGAGCGUUUGGGGGUCUCGGUUAGCCUUACCUCAGGGUACCACCCGGAGAGUAACGGGCAGGUAGAACGUGUCAACCAGGAUGUGGGUAGGUUUCUGAGGUCGUAUUGCCAGGACCGGCCGGAGGAGUGGGCACGGUACAUUCCCUGGGCCGAGAUGGCCCAGAACUCUCUCCGCCACUCCUCUACUAACCAAACCCCCUUCCAAUGUGUGUUAGGGUACCAGCCGGUUCUGGCACCUUGGCAGCAGAGCCAGAUCGAGGCCCCUGCGGUGGAUGAUUGGAUGAGGCGCUCGGAAGAGACGUGGAACGCUGCCCACGUCCACCUGCAGCGGGCCGUCCUUCGUCACAAGGCGAGCGCCGAUCUCCACCGCAGUGAGGGGCCGGUGUACGCACCCGGAGAUCGAGUCUGGCUCUCUACCAGAAACCUACCCCUCCGCCUGCCCUGCCGGAAGCUGGGUCGGCGGUUUGUGGGGCCCUUUAAAGUCCUGAGAAGAUUGAACGAGGUAUGUUAUAGAUUACAUCUACCUGUUGAGUAUAGGAAUAUUAACCCCUCGUUCCAUGUGUCUCUUCUCAGGCCGGUGGUAGCUGGUCCACUCCAGGACAAUGAGAUAGGGGAGACUCCUCCGCCCCCACUGGACAUCGAGGGGGCUCCGGCGUACACCGUUCGGUCCAUCUUGGACUCUAGACGCCGGAUGGGGGGUCUUCAGUAUCUCGUGGAGUGGGAGGGGUACGGCCCGGAGGGACAUCCUAGACCCAUCUCUCCUGUCGGAGUUCCACCGGGACCAUCCCGCGCGCCCUGCUCCGCGUCCUCCUGGUCGUCCCCGAGGCCGGGGUCGGCGCACGGCUGGAGCCGCGCGUCAAGGGGGGGGGGGGGUACUGUCACGGUUUCGGCCGAGGCUGCUCCUCCUCCUGGUUCGGGCAGGCUUCGGCGGUCGUCGUCCCCGGAGUACUAGCUGCCACCGAUCUAUGUUUCAUGUUCGAUUGGUUUUGUCUGGAUGUUGUACACCUGUGUCUUGUUAGUCCUCGUUAGUGCCCUAUUUAGUUCUCGUUGUGUGUGCUUGUCGUUGUGUGUGAUUGUACUACUGUUUCGUGUUUUGGAGCUACAUUUUCCCUCCAGUGUUUGAGAGGGUUGUUUGCACAUGUUUGUGCGUCAUUCGUUUUGUCGCCUGUGUGCGUCGUGCAUUUUGCCUUCGGGCUUAUUUUGCUUCGGUUGGAUAUAUAUUUAUUGCACUAAAGCCUUUGGACUGAGCCUCUGUGUCCUGCGCAUGAUUCCUACACCACACCCACCUUCAGCACGCCUUGACAGGAACGACUGUUGAAUGGAAAUGUCUGUUCCAGUAAUUCUAGUUCUAUGGUAACAGCUGCCUAUACGGUGAGGCCGUUGUAGUAAUUGUGUUUCUAUGGUAACAGCUACCUGUAUGGUGAGGCCGUUGUAGUAAUUGUGUUUCUAUGGUAACAGCUACCUGUAAGGUGAGGUCGUUGUAGUAAUUGUGUUUCUAUGGUAACAGAUACUUGUAUGGUGAAGAUGUCCAGGGAACGGCCUACGUGGUGUUUGGGGUAGAGGUGAACAAGGAGAAGAGGAGGUUACCGUCGGUAAAGCAGGUCACCAAUGUGAGUACUAAUAGUACACUACAUUUUGAAAUGCUAGACCCUUUCCCCAACUAAAAGUCAUACACACCUCACACAGGAAGAUCAAUUCAGCGUAAAGUGUAAACAUACAACAACUUCCAUUUUCCUUCCUUCAUUUCAGCUGCAGCAAGGCACCGCUACAUUGACCAUGGCGGAGAUCAGGAAGGCCUACCCCGACCUCAGGUCCCUGGUUGGAAACUCUAUAUACGUCAAGGCCUCAGUGCUGACCAAAUCAGGUAAGGUCAAUAAAGUUUUAUUGAAAUGAUUAAAAUCGAGAUGGAUUAAAUUACAAUGGACCUUUGAAUGAAAAAGGUCAGAUACAGGCUAUCCAAAACCUGAUGACUCACGUUAGCUCCCCAAGCUAAUGCCUAGACUUUGACUCAGCGGGCUAACACAGUCUUAUAUCUUUCUACUCCUCUAUAGGCAGUGACCUGGUAGAGGCAGAGAAGUCUGGUAUUAAGAUAGUGGAGUCCCCUUACGUCCUCUCCUUCAUAGACACACCAAAGUACUACAAGCCUGGCAUGCCCUUUGACGUCAUGGUAACGUCACAACAUCAAGGCCUUAUAGACACUAAGGAUCAACCUUAUUUCAAUUAAUUAUAAGUCGUUGGAGAUAAGAGCCAUAGCGAUGCAAUAUAAAAAUAGAAUUCUGUGAUAAGAACAUCUCCUUAAUAAGUAAAGUUCAAAAUCUAAAGCAUUUACUGCUUUAAUCUGGUUCAGAUCCAGGUAUAAAGUGUUUAUAUCUCUAACAGGUUCUUCUAACGAGCCUCGUUCUACCAUCCUGAUCUCACAUGCUUACAUUCUGUUAAAAGAAAUGAGAGCACAGCGGUCAGGAUGGUGGAUCAGGUUACGUUCUAACGUGUUCUAACGGGGUUCUUCAGAUCCAGGUGAGUUUCCAGGAUGGUUCCCCGGCCAGUAACGUCCCGGUCCAGGUGAGCCUCCUGCCCAACCCCGUCACCAGCCACCCUGGCACUAUCAGGACCUCCAUCAACAUGCCCACUGAGCUAGGCCCUCAGAUCAUCACUGUGAGUACCGCUAACAGGGCUUAUAACCAGCUAUAACCUGCUAUAACCACCCUCACUAGAGCUAAUGGUGCUUAUAACCAGCUAUAACCUGCUAUAACCACCCUCACUAGAGCUAAUGAUGCUUGUAACCAGCUAUAAGUGCUUAUAACCAGUUAUAAUAACAUGCUUACUGAGCUGCGCCCGCAGACCAUCACAGUAAGCACCCCUAACAGGGCUUAUAACCAGCUAUAACCUGCUAUAACCUUCUAUAAUCACCCUCAGUAGAGCUAAUGGUGCUUAUAACCAGGUAUAACCAGAUAUAACCACCCUCAGUAGUGCCCUAAGCAGUUAUAACAACUAUUGGUUCUUAGUGUUCAUAAGCAAAAACUUUUCAUAGUGCACGUCCUCUGUAGCUCAAUUGGUAGAGCAUGGCGCGUGUAACGCCAGGGUAGUGGGUUCGAUCCCCGGGACCACCCAUACGUAAAAAUGUGUGCACACAUGACUGUAAGUCGCUUUGGAUAAAAGCGUCUGCUAAAUAUUAUAUUUUUUAUUUAUUUUAUGUGUCUGUAAAUCCUAAAUACAGGCUGAGACCAAACAGGCGGGUCUACAGCCAGAGCAGCAGGCCAGACAGCAGAUUACCCUUCACCCCUACACACCCUUUGACCAGCAGAGACAGAACUACCUGUAUAUCUCCACUGGGACCACCACAGCCUCUCUGGGGCAGAGCCUUGGCCUCAGUCUACACAUCAACACUGCCGACAAGGCCCACAGGGAACUCAUCACUCACCUCACUUACCUGGUGAGUGGAUUUAGUACUGGAGAAUAGAAUAAAAAUGAAUUGAAUAGCUGGUGAGUGCUAACUGAAAUGGGCCAGAUUUUUUACAAUCCAAAAUCAAGUAUUUUCAAGAUACCCCUGUAUAUUUAUAUUUUCUACCAUGUGGUGGUACCGUAUAUAGCUUAGACAUUUACAUAGUUGUAGCUCUGUCUUCAAAAUGUACCUUUGUCUGUCACCAAGUGUCUCAAACUCCUCCUACAGGUGUUGAACAAGGGCAAGAUCAUUGUUGCCAAGAGAUUAGAGGUCGGAGGUCAGGAUGUGACCAACGUUCUGUUGACCGUUACCACGGAGAUGAUGCCCUCAUUCCGCGUUGUGGCGUUCUACAUGCUGCCGUGGGCGGGGGGGUCGGAGGUGGUGGCUGACUCUGUGUGGGUGGAUGUGGAGGAUGCCUGUGUUGGGGCGGUGAGUGGACUGGACAACCCAGGAUAUGUUUAAUGUUACUUCCUUCUUUGAUACCUUCCCUCCUCCUUUGACAUAAUCACUGAUUAGUGUUGAUUGUACAGACGAAAGCAAAGUCUGUCAUGUUUGGACAAAGUCAUAUUUUCUUUCCCCUCUCUCCUAUAUCCUUCAGUACAGUUGGUAUGGAAGGACCUGAUUGGUUACGUCAUGGUGAUGACAGACCUAUGUCGUGUUAGAUGAACUAAUCCAAAACAAACCCCCCUCUCCCCCCAGCUGGCUCCAGGCCCCCAGAGUACUACCACCCAGGGAAAGGGUUCAACUACCCGCUUCUCAUGUUGUACCACUAUCUUUCCCCCUCCAUCUCCCCCCAGUUGAGUGUUGGUCCAGCUGGCUCCAGGCCCCCAGAGUACCACCCAGGGAAAGGGUUCAACUUCCAGGUGAGAGGAGACCCAGGAGCCAUGAUCAGUCUGGUGGUGGUGGACAACGCUGUGUUCCUGCUCAACAGACAGAGGCUCACACAGAGGAAGGUGAGGGAGACUGUGUGUGUCUGUAGAAAUCAAUAGACAGACACAGAGAGGACACAGAGAGGACACAGAGAGCCGAACAAUCAAUCAUCUGAAGUUGCCGUCAGGAUAACACACCUCUGACUCCUCUGUGCCCCCGUCAGGUCUGGCAGGUGGUGGAGGGGGGGGACAUGGGCUGUACCCACGGUGGGGGCAGCAACAGCAUGGGGGUCUUCACUGACGCUGGACUGCUGUUUUACUCCAACACUGGUGGAGCCACCUCUUCUAGACAAGGUAGCACAGACACACACACAUAUGUACGCACACACAUACGUACGCACAUAUGCAGACACACAGGAAGAGCCACCUUCUACAGACAAGGUAAAGGACCAUACCUUACCGCUGAUACAGCAUCAGAUGUGUUUUCUUCCCUCUAAUGGCUAAUAUGAGGAAAGAGGGUAAACAUCAGUCCUCUAAUGGUUAAUAUGAGGAAAGAGGGUAAACAUCAGUCCUCUAAUGGUUAAUAUGAGGAAAGAGGGUAACAUCAGUCCUCUAAUGGUUAAUAUGAGGAAAGAGGGUAACAUCAGUCUUCUAAUGGUUAAUAUGAGGAAAGAGCGUAACAUCAGUCUUCUAAUGGUUAAUAUGAGAAAAGAGGGUAACAUCAGUCCUCUACUGCAGGCAUCCAAAGGCCGUGUUUGCAAUGUUCUGUUUCCUGUGAGCUAGCAGGGAAGAUUAGUAAAAGCAACAAAUUCCCGAGUUGCCCAAUCAUGAGUUUGAGGAAGACAGACCAGUGGGCUUGUAUAGACAUCUGUGUUUCUUGGUUUGUAGAACACUUUCAUUUCGUUGUUUGCCAUUCCUGUGUUUUCCUCCCUCCCUCCCUCCCUCCCUCCAUCCCUCCCUCCCAUCUCCUCUGCAGGCAUGCAGUGCCCAGGGAGGUCCAGAAGGAGGCGCUCUGCUGAGAUGUUGCAACGCAGAACUGAACUGGGUCAGUGACAGAAAAAGUUAUAUGUAAAUUAAGUUUUAUAUGUUGAUGUAUGGGUGGAUGGAUGGAAUGAUUGAUUGAUUGAUUAGUUGGUUGAAAUGAUAUUUGAUUGAUUGAUUGGGGGGACUGAUUUAUUGAUGGAUAGGUGGCUUGGUUGAUGGUUCUGAGCUCCCUCUCUUCCCCUCUCCCUACAGAGAACCACUACAGAGAGAAGCUGCUGCGUCAGUGUUGUAAGGACGGCCUGAGAGAGAUCCCCAUGCCUUACUCCUGUACACGACGCUCCCUCUACAUCACUGAGGGAUGGGAGUGCAUCAAGGCCUUCAGGUACUGAGUUGAGUUGAGUUGAGCAGAGUUUAAUUGAGCAGAGUUUAAUUGAGCAGAGUUUAAUUGAGCAGAGUUGAAUUGAGCUGAGUUGAUUUGAGCUGAAGUGAAGUGCACUGAACUGAACUGUUUGGCACUUUCAGGUACUGCUGCUCAAAGUACAGGGGAGAGGAGUUCGACACCAGACUACCUCCUACCACCCCUCUACCCCCUACCACCACAGCUCGACCCAUGCCAACUCUGAACAGACACAUUUUUCCUGGGCUACAUUCCGAAGUAUACUUUUCAAAAGGUAACAGUGAUGAUGAUGGACUAGCUGGUUAAUAAAUUGUUAGGUGUUUGCGGCAGCAGUGUUGUAGUACUCGAAUCCAGUCUCGAGAUACAUAUUGAGGGUAUCGGUCUUGUCUCGGUGUCAGAUACACUUUUACUCAGUCUUGAAUCGUUCUCGAAACAAUGAGGAUUCAUAAUUUCUUCCCGAGACCAGCCCAAACCAGCAGAGUAAAAAACUCAUAAUUGUCAGCUUCCAUUCAGUCAGCGGUAGUGAUGGGAAGUUCGACUCUUUUUACUGACUCUGAUCUUUUCGACUCAUUCAGGCAAAAAGAACAAAUCUUUCAACUAAUUUCGUUCAUUUGAGUCACUAAUAGAGUCUCACAUUGAAGGUGCCAGAAUACCCAUAAAACCUAGCUGUCAAACAGGGAAAUGGUUCCAAUCAUUUUUCCACCAUUCAUUUUUCCCAUAGGGGAUUUUAGAAACACUUAAAAUAAGGGCUUUGUUUUGUGUAUGCUUACCCUGGCAUGAAGUUUUGAUAACAAUGUAAAUCUCUCUUGGACAAGGUGACUUUUAUCAAUUUAUUCGGCUCUAUUUACUGUCAGAUUCGAAAAAGCUAAUUAGCAUCAAAGUAGACAUCAUGCAAGACUACAAAUUGCUGCAAGUCAUUUCUAACAUUGUCAAUUUAUGAAUUACUACAUUUAGCUAACAUUAGAUAGUUAAUCCAGAGAUUCAUACCUUUGCCUAUAUUCGUCAGUCUUGUCCAGAUCAUCAUGUCAUUUGUAGUUCUUUAUGAUAGCCACAUUAGUUUCAUCUAGUCGGCUUGGGGAUUCAAACAGGUGACCUUUUGGUUAAUGGCCCAACAGUCUUAACCACUAGGCUGCCUGCCACGCUAUGUCGUUCAACAAAGGGGGCUUAUUGGAGCUGACAUUUGUGACAGACUUGUAAACGUGUGCUUUAAACAAUGUACAUUUGUUGAUUGCUAGGCAUACAAAUGAGAUUAUUUCUUAAUACAUUUGAAACGAGGUCUAGUUGUGGCCGUAACCAGACUAGAUUGUGAACGACUCUUGGUGGAAUGCGUUGCUUGACUGCCGUGAGGGUGAUAAGCACAGCCGUUUGCGAACUGCAGCCCCCCAAAAGAUUAGUUCUUGAGGUCGAGUUUGUUGAGCAGAGGCUGUGUAUGUUAUGGUUCUACAAAGCUGUGUCCAUCAUAAUAUUCAAUAAUCAAUUCAUUGCAGUCAUUCUUGCACCAUGCGAUUCAUUAUCAGCUCUAUUUUUCUUCUCUAUGCUCAUUAUCUAUUUUUCCUGCGUUCAUAUGACAGACAGUUGGUGGUCGAUGCACGUCUCUGGAGCCGCUGAGCCGGAAGUGUGUGUAUUAACCCUGCUGUAGGACUCAUAGCAGCCAGAAUUAGAUGUUCAAACAAACUGCUAAAAUUAACGAGUCGCUCAGAAAAACUAAUCAUGACUCUCGAGUCAGUCAAAAGAGACGUUCAAAAAUAAUGAAUUGUUUGCAAACUGCACAUCACUAGUCAGCACAUAUAACUGCUUCGCCAAAUAUCCACACUCCUUUCAUGACACAUGAAUAUCUUAUCACCUAUUAAAACCUGGGCUUCCUACUUUAUUCAUUACUCUCCUUUACUUUCAUUGAAAAAUAUCCUCAAACUUUGUAGUGCUCAGCAUAAUUUCCUUGAUUCGCUGGUAGGGAAUAGUGUGGGAAAUUGCUUGAAAGUUGUAUGCUCACUAUUAGUAAGGGGAGACUGGGGGAAGUUUGUCUUUUUAUAGACCUGUUUGGGUUAGUGAUAACUUUUGCCCUCAGCAUGCAUUUUUUCACCAUUCUGAAUGUCUAAAGAAUCCAUAUGUUAUUCCAAAAUAUGGAAAUGUUUAACUUAUUAUUGUGGUGAUCAAAAAAUUAUAAUAAUUGUCUUGAAUUAGGUUUGCAUUUUGAAUCGGUGUCGCUUUAGGUGGUCUCGAACACAAUACUGCAGGUCUUGUUAAUUAAGUCGAGUCUGUCAAGUCUAAUUUAAUUUAAUUCUAACUUCUAUCCAGAUCGAACUUCUGUCCAAGUAUGUUACAGCAGACAACUGAGCUCAAAAUGAUUGAUUUCUCAAUUAAUCCAUCAAUCAAUCGAUUGAUCCUUCUAUCCAUCCAUCAAACAGACCAAGUUUAAACAUAUUUUUUGUUUUGCAUCAGGUGAAAGGUUGUUGAUGCAUUCUGUACCGAGAUUGGCAUCCCCAGUGGAAGAAGAGAGACAGUCUUUUGUUGAGGAGGAGGAAGAGGAGGAUGACUUUAUGGAGGAGGGUAAGGUGACAGUGAGGUCUAAGUUCUACGAGUCAUGGCUGUGGAGAGAUCUGAUGCUGCCCAGUGUGCCUGAGGACAGUAGAGACGGGUGAGUACCUCUGACUGUCCUCUCUCCCCCUCAUAUGAAGGGCCAGCAGUUUCCCUGCUCAUAGGCUGACUUGAUUUGAUUUGAUUUGGUUUGAAACUGUGCCAAAGUGCUGAACUGUGCAUACUACAGGCUACUUCCUAUGAGUAGGGCCAGGAGUUUUUCCUAACCACAUGACCUGUCCAGGGAAAACUCUUUCUAUAAGGGGUUGACCAUUUUUGUGAUCCCAAUCAAAAGGGGAAUAGGCCAAGCUACACCCCUCUCACACUUAAAGGGAUACUGCAAGGUUCUGGCAAUUAAGCUAGUGUAGCUGUAGACUUCCAAGUCAUUGCGCUAACGCUAGUUAGCAUUGGCUCGCGAAACUACCUCUAACUUCCUUCAUACUGCACAUAGAGACACAGAAAUGGUAUCCACGAGUUCAUCUGACUCUGGGGAAGUAGAAAACGGCUAAUUGCCAGAAUCUCGCAGUAUCCAUUUGAAGUUAAACUACCUGCUCUGUAAAUCCCCAGAGUUGCACCACAGUGGACUGUGGACUUCCCCCCCAAAAAAUAAACACUGUUGCGCCAUCGUGUUCUAUCCCAGGGAUAUUUGUGCGUGUGCAUGUCACUGUUAGCAUUGUAUUAGGCAACGGCAUCAAUCAAUCCACCAGACUCAGUCUUUCUCAAUAUUUAUCUUCAAGCUAAUGUUUUACUGUGCUCAUGUAACGAGCUUAGCUUACAAGAGGUCAACUAAAUGGACUUCAUUUGUUUGAGUUUGUUCCUUACAGGUUGGCAUCGCUGGCUGUGGAGUCCGUCUUCCCAGACACUAUCACCCAGUGGGGGGUACUAGCCAUCAGCUCCUCACCUGUCACAGGUAGACCUUUCCCCCUUCCCUUCCCCUGGGUUAGCCAUCGACCCAGUUCCUAAGUGCUACGCCCUAUGCACUUGUUGGCAAGGUGGAACACCUAUCAGAGGGCAAGGUGGAACUGUUACCAAUCACUAACACCUGUCAAAUCCAAUCAGAUCACCAAAGGUGCGUAGGGUUUAGGAUUUAAGGGGUCCAUUUGGGAUUGGGCCUAAAUCUCAGUGCUCUAAAAUGGCUUCCUCUCACUGUACCCAUAUUCAGUCAUUUCCCAGGAGGAUUCCAAGUAGUAUGCUAGUGGGGAUAUUGGUACGAUAUUAGGAAUACAAAACAUUGCUGAACAAUUCUAGCAUUCUAACUAAGGCAUAAUGUGCUCAACCACCUGUUGUUGUUGUUUGUUUAUUUAAAUCAUUUUGUUGUUUGUUUGUUUUUAUUCCAGGUUUCUGCGUAGCCGAGCCGUGGAACGUGCGUGCGUGGAAGCAUUUCUUUGUGGACCUGAAGCUGCCGUACUCAGUGGCGAGGAACGAACACGUGGAGAUCAAAGCUGUGCUCCAUAACUAUGGCGACGAGGACAUGGAGGCAAGCUCACCUCUGACGUCUCACCCAUGACCUUUAACUAAUCCUCAAGCCUUACCUUAACCAUCAGGCUGAUGAAUUGAGGCAACCUCUAUCUACCUACUACUCCCACCGUCUAGCUCCCCUCUGAUCCCUUCCUGUCAGCCAUUUUGUAUCUCAACCCUCCUAACCCUCCCAUUACUGUCAGCCAUUUUGUGUCUUGAACGUCCCCGUUUCCUCCUCUUCUCAGCUUCCCUAGGUUACAGUGGUGCUACUGAAGACGGAGGACAUGUGCUGUGUGGCAUUCAAUGAUAAACCCACCCAGUUCUGCUCACUUCCUCUCAGCCAUUUUGUGUCUUGACCAUCUCCAUGUCCUCCUCCUCUACUCAACCCAGGUUAAGGUGGUGCUACUGAAGACAGAGGACAUGUGCAGUGUGGCGUUCAAUGAGAAACACACCCAGGAGGUGAAGUUGAAGGGCAGCUCGUCCCUGGUGGUUCCCUACACCAUCAUACCGCUCAAGGCCGGAGAGAUGAUCCUGGAGGUCCUCGCCAUGGCCAGAGGGUUUGUGGGUAGCGACGGGGUCAAGAAGACGCUACGCGUGGUGGUGGGUGACUAUUUCAGAUGUUAGUUACUUCAGAGUAUGGUCUAACAUGUCACAGAGUUUGCUUCAUAAAAACAUAUAUAUAUAUAUAUUAAAAAAGUAUUUAUAAUUGGUCAAAUAAAUAAUAAUACAAAAUAUUUAAAGAAAGGUUCAAUAAAUAACACAAAUAUAUAUUGCAACUGUGAAUCAGUUUCCUUACCUGAGAUAUGAGGACUGGUUUCUCUAACCUGUUUUCAAAACCCUCUAACAGGUGGAAGGAGUUCAGAAGACUAAAGUGCAGAGUUUUGUAUUGAACCCCUCUGCCAAGGGAGGGAACGGUGAGUAGAGCGAAGACAUUCCCAAUCUCUAACCCUAAUGCUUACCAUUUCCAUGUCCCCUUUCCAAACAAUCUGUACUAAGCCCUCUUACUAUGUUUUCCCCCAGAUGGGAGGCAGGUGGUGGAGGUUGACAAAGUGGAGCUGGGCUCCCUGGUUCCAAACUCUCUACCAGAGACAUUCAUCAACAUCAGGGGUAGGCCUAACUGAGAAACAAGCUUUAAGUUAUUAGACAGAACUGAUGGCUGGCUGGUGCCUCCAAACCUUUGGGUUGGUUAUGGGCAUUGUGAAGCCAAAGCAACUGUGUGGACAAUAACCUAAUCUAUUCCAUUCCUUCCAUUCUAUUCUGCUCGCUCCUCUCCCCUACUCUACUCUACUCUACUCCUCCCACCAGGUAACUUGUUGGCUGACACCAUAGACAACAGUAUCAGCGGUGACUCUCUGGCCUCUUUGAUCCGUAUGCCUGGUGGCUGUGUGGAACAGAACCUAGCCAGCAUCACCCUGCCUCUUAUAGCCACUGUCUACCUGGACCGCUCCAACGACUGGGAGACUGUAGGGGUGCAACGCAGGGUGGAGGCCAUCAACUACAUCCAGAAAGGCUACCAGAAGCAGCUGGUGUAUAAGAAGAAAGACGACUCUUACCCCCCCUACAGGAAUGAAGGCACAAGCACAUGGUAUUGUUCAAAUACAUAGAAUAAGAAGAAUGUGUAUCAUGUAUUCAAUCACAGAGUAAUCUAAAUAGUACAAUGGAUUGUAUUUGUAACCCUCACACCCUCUCUCUCUACCUCCCCCCUUUUAUCUAUUUUUACGUCCCCCCCCCCCCCCCAUAGGAUCACAGCGUAUGUAGUGAAGGUGUUCUCUAUGGCUCGUCGGCUGGCAGGAGUGAGUGAACAGGAUGUGUGUGGUCCUCUCCUCUACCUGCUCAACAACAAACAGCGGAUCACUGGAGCUUUCAGAGAGGACAACCCUGUCUACACUACUACUAUGACCGUAAGAGAGAGACACACACACACACACACACACACACACACACUGGUCUGGGACUGAACUCUUCUAACAGCUUCUAAACAGGUCUCUCUCUCUUCUCCAGGGUGGUGUACAGGGUACAGAGUCUCAGUCCACUCUGACAGCCUUUGUCCUUAUAGCCAUGACUGAAGCCACCAAGGAUACAGAACUCAACUGCAAUGGAGCUGACCAAACCAUCAAGGUAAACCGGUCACAGAACCGGCAGAAACGGUUAUAUUGGGACGGGAUGUUGUAUUGGGACGGGAGAUGAAGUAAGUUAGUAAUUGGUGAGUCGGAUGCCUUUUUACCUGAUUCCCCCGGUGAAUCUUGGAUUUCGUUGGCCGACCUGUUAUCACGCUGCGUUUGCGUGCACCAUGGCUGACCAUUAAUCGAACCAGUGUAAAUUGCAUGUCGGUGUUGUACUGGCUUUCGUACUGACUCUUUUGUAUUAAAAUUCAGGUUUAUUCCUUAUUCUGUUGAUUGGCGCACUGAUUGCCUUGGUGCGGGACAGCUUAUUGGCUGAGACUCUGUAGAGUGACUUAAUAUAAUAAUAUAAUAUAAUAUGCCAUUUAGCAGACGCUUUUAUCCAAAGCGACUUAGUCAUGUGUGCAUACAUUUUUACAUAUGGGUGUUCCCUUCACUGUGCCAUUACUAGAUAUGUUUAUUUAUUUACUUAUUUUUAACUGUUAGUUUGUUUUGCCAAAAUCUCAUUUGUUGUGUCAGGUUAAGGUUUAUUUUAUUUUCAAAUAUCAGUUUUACUUCUGCUCAUAUAACAAUGGAGUUAAUAACAGCCCACUAAAGGAUGGACAUUGAAGUUGUAUUCUAUUGUAUUCUACUAGAAUGGGAUCCAGAAAGCUGCCAACUAUCUGAGGAGCAUGUAUGGUAGUCUGAAGAGGCCCUACUCUCUGGCCAUCUCUGCCUACGCUCUGUCUCUGGUUGACAGGACUCUUUCACUGUUCUUAAAAACCCUGCUACUCAAAGCUGCCUCUCCAGGUAGGGAAAUGUCUGUCUGUCUCUGUUUCUAGCUCUCUGUGUUUCUGUCUGUCUCUUUUUUUCUCUCUCUCUCUCUCUCCCCCUCUCUCUUUUCUGUUGUGCUUCACUGUUAUUCUCUCCCCCUCUCCCCCCUCCUUCCUCCCUCCCUCCCUCCCCUCCUCCAGACGGUACCCAUUGGCCAGACACUGAGAACCGCCUCUUCACUCUGGAGGCGACGGGCUACGCCCUGCUAGCCCUGGUGAAGAGUAGUCACAUGACUGAAGCCGCCGCACCCUUCGAGUGGCUCAACGAACAGCGCCGCAGGGGCGGGGGCUACGGAUCCACACAGGUACUGAGGGACAUCACUGGAAACAAGUAUUGCAUGAUGUUAGUGAGCUGAGUUUAUGUCAACGGUGUUAUUGCAGGUUGUCACUAGCCAAUCCAGUUUGUUGCCCUCCGACAUUUUGAUCUCCACACUAUCUAGUACACAUUUUAUAAUCAUCUCUCUGCUUCCUGUCUCUCUUCCCUCUCCUCUCCUCCCUCUCUCCCUCUCCCCUCUCUCUCUCUCUCUCUCUCUCUCUCUCUCUCUCUCUCUCUCUCUCUCUCUCUCUCUCUCUCUCUCUCUCUCUCUCUCUCUCUCUCUCUCUCUCUCUCCCCCCCCCCCCCCCCAGCCCACCAUGGUAGUUCUGCAGGGUCUGUCUGAGUACCUGAUAAAGAAACCUCCUCCCAAUGACCUGAGUCUCCAGGUGGACCUGAGCAUCCAGGGCCGCAGGGACCAGCGCUUCCACUUCGACCCCAGGACCUCCUACGUGGCACGCUCCUCCAGGGUAGGAGGGAUGAUGUUCUCUGUUCCUCUCCCUCUCUUUCACCAUUUCUUCUCUCCCAGCCUACCUGUAUCUUAUGUAAAAUAUGUGGCCUAGGUUUAGUAACCAUGAUGUAUCAUGUUCCUCUUUCACCAUCUCUUCUCUUCUGUGGGGUUUUCACUCAGGCUCCUAUAGACCAGGGAUUCAAAGUGGAGGCCAAAGGGAAGGGACAAGGUAUACUAGAGGUAUGACCACAAAACAUGUCUAUGGCCAUUAAUCAAUGCAUGAUAGCAAAGCUUGUCCAUGACAAUUUUGUCAUAUUAAUGUAUGAUGUCAUAUUUGUUUGUUGUCGUCACUUCCUGGUCUAAUGACCUUUGACCUAGGUGGUGACCUACUACAACGAGCUCCCUGAGGUGCAUGAGAAGAGCAGCUGCAAGAACUUUGAUUUGGACGUGACCAUCGCAGAAUCUAGUGGUAGGUUAAUCCAGCUCUCAAUCUCAAUUUUUAUCUUAAUCUUAAUCUCAAUCCAGUCUCAAAUCUUAAUCUCAGUCUCAAUCUCAAUCUUAUUCUCAAUCUCAAUGGUUGUCUGGCAUGUUUUUUAAUGUGUUUUUAACCCCGCUUACAGAAAAGCCUCCACCAGAUGCAGAGAAGUCCUACAGGAUCACUAUUAAUGUCAGGUGAGAGAUUAUACAGUAUGUUGAAUAUCUUGGCUACCUGGCUGUCUUUCUUUUCAUAUUCGUUCAGUUGUGAAUUUCCUCUCUCCGUUGGCCCCCUCUCCGAAACACACUAGGGGACUUACUGUUAUUGGAUAACAAUUGAGAGUCUCAUAAUUUUAGGAAAUGUACUUUUUGAUUCUAUUUUCCUUUUCAUUCAAGUACUAUUCUCUCUUUCCAAUCCCCAGGGCGCUGGGACCAAGGGAGGUCAGGAUGGUUGUUCUGGACAUCAGUCUACCCACUGGAUUUGUCCCAGAGAAUGAAGAUCUGGAGAUGGUACAGUUCCAGUCCAACUACUGCCAUACUGGAACCUACGUUAAAGGGAUAGUUCACCCUAAUUACAAAGUUACACCUUGGUUUCCUUACCCUGGAAGCAGUCUAUGGAUAAGGUAUGACAGCAAUCCAUGUUUUGGUUUGAUUUCCCUGGCACUGUUUCCAAAUGCUAACGUUUUAGCAUGUGCAGCACCAAUCCCAAGUCAUGGGAACUAUAUAUUUUUAUUUUUUAGCUCAACAAAGUCACUUACAGAUGAUUUUAAACAUGAUGCCCAAAAAUGCUAAUAUCAGACCCAUUACUUAAAAAAAUAUGUUUUACCUUUAUUUAAGUAGGCAAGUCAGUUAAGAACAAAUUCUUAUUACACCGGCCAAACCCGGACGACGCUGGGCCAAUUGUGCGCCGCCCUAUGGGACUCCCAAUCACAGCCGGUUGUGAUACAGCCUGGAAUGACGCCUCAAGCACUGAGAUGCAGUGCCUUAGACCGCUGCUCCACUCGGGAGCCCAGUGGCGCAAUUUAAUGAGAUUUGCGCCACAAAUGCUAAAUGCUAAAGGGGAUUUGUGCCACAAAUGCAUUUGGAAACAGUUCUAGGGAAACUAAACCAAAGCAUGGAUUACUGUCAUACCUUGUCCAUAGACUGCUUACAGGGUAAGGAAACCAAAAUGUAAUUUAACUAUCCCUUUAAUCCACUUGUAAUGUUAUUCUGUCUCCACUAGAUGGCUCUCUAAUUGCAUGUCUGGUCUCUGACACAAUGUCCAACUUGAUUUCAACUGUGUGUUUAAGUGUAGCUUAUUGAAAAUGUUUGUUUGUUUUUGUGAUUGUUUGUUUGUUUGCCUCCAGCUGACCAACUCAGUGGACCGUUACAUCAACAACUUCCAGAUAGUGGACAACCUGAGUGACAGAGGCUCCCUCAUCAUCCACCUCUUCAAGGUACCAGAACAGAUCUAGGAUCAGCUUAUCCUCCCCUAAAUCCUAACUUGAACCAUUAGGUGGGAUCUUAGAUCAGUGUCAAGGGGUAACUUCCUUCCUGUUCAAGGUACUGGAACCAUAGCAAUAGAAUCUCAUUCUAUUUCUAUGACCUGAACUUAGAGAGACAAGCGUUGCCAUGUCAAUCCUAGAAGUUGACUGGUCAUCAUUCUUUCACUCUGUCUGGGUAGAGGUUGUCUGUGGCCUGUAGGCACAUAUCUAGGAUCAGCUUUACCUCCCCAAAUCUUAAAGGUGAAAGGCAAACUAUUAACUCAAAACUGGCCUUAGAUCAGUGUCCGGAGGAAGCUUCAUUGUACUCUCCUGUGGUCUACCUGUGCUACCAGGUGUCCAACAAGGAGACUGAGACCAUCAUCUUCCGACUGCAGCAGACAUUCAAAGUGGGACUCCUCCAGCCUUCAGCUGUCACUGUCUACGAGUACUACAACCCAGGUGUACGGUCACUGUCUACGAGUACAACAAACCCAGGUAAUCUGUGUCCCUGCUGAGUUAUAACAACCAGGUAGAUAAUGUCACUGUCUACGAGUACUAAAACAUCACACCGCAGACUUCAAUGACUCCUCACCUACUGUCUGUCUACGAGUACUACAACCCAGGUAGAUACUGUCACUGUCUACGAGUACUACAACCCAGGUAGAUACUGUCACUGUCUGAGUACUACAACUCAGGGAGAUACUGUCACUGUCUGAGUACUACAACCCAGGUAGAUACUGUCACUGUCUACGAGUACUACAACCCAGGUAGAUACUGUCUACGAGUACUACAACCCAGGUAGAUACUGUCACUGUCUACGAGUACUACAACCCAGGUAGAUACUGUCACUGUCUAUGAGUACUACAACCCAGGUAGAUACUGUCACUGUCUAUGAGUACUACAACCCAGGUAGAUACUGUCACUGUCUGAGUACUACAACCCAGGUAGAUACUGUCACUGUCUGAGUACUACAACCCAGGUAGAUACUGUCACUGUCUGAGUACUACAACUCAGGUAAAUACUGUCACUGUCUACGAGUACUGCAACCCAGGUAGAUACUGUCACUGUCUAUGAGUACUACAACCCAGGUAGGACUAUGGACGCAGACAAGGUUUGUUUUGUAGAUUAGACUGACUAGAUUAAAAUAAAAUGUUAUUUGCCACAUGCGCCGAAUACAACAGGUGUAGACCUUACAGUGAAAUGCUUACUUACAAGCCCUUAACCAACAAUGCAGUUUUAAGAAAAUAAAAAAAGUGUUAAGCAAAAAAUAGAUAAGUAAAAAAUAAAAAUAGCAAAUAAUUAAAGAGCAGCAGUAAAAUAAAAUAACAGUAGGGAAGCUAUAUACAGGGGGUACCGGUACAGAGUCAAUGUGCGGGGGCACCGGUUAGCCGAGGUAAUUGAGGCAAUAUGUAAAUGUGGGUAGAGUUAAAGUGACUGUGCAAAUAGUCCGGGUAGCCAUGAUUAGCUGUUCAGGAGUCUUAUGGCUUCGGGGUAGAAGCUGUUAAGCAGACGAUUACAUGUGCCCUCGAACAAUAGAAGCUAUCUUAAACAUUGGAGUCAACCUGGUGGAGAAAUGUUACCAUAGCAUGUCUCUCUCUGUCAGACCACCGCUGCAGUCGCUUCUACAGCCCCAAAGAGGACAAGGACCAACUCACACAGAUCUGCAGGAACAAUAUGUGUCGCUGUACACAGGGUGAGUGUGUGUGUGUGUGUGUGCGUGCGUGUGUGUAUCUAUAUUUGUGUGUAUGUCUGUAUCUGUGUGUAUGUGGUUAUGUGUGUGUGUGUGUGUGUGUGUGUGUGUGUGUGUGUUUAUGUAUGUGCCAUACAUGAGUGUGUGUGAUAAUGUGUCUCUCUCCUAUUAGGUGACUGCUGUGUGUCUAAGUCCCUAACCGAUCCAGUCCCCUAUGGAACACGAGAGGACCACGCCUGCAAAGGAUUAUACCACGGUACGCUAUAUCUGAUUUCACUAUAGAGUAAUAUAGACAUGUUAUAGACAUAGACAUUAUAUACAUGUUAUAGACAUUAUAGACAUGUUAUAGGUAUUGUAAAUCUGUCACACUGAGACAAUACUAUACGAUGUACAGUAAAUAGUACAGCUAUAAAUUAAUGUUGUCCGUCAGCAGUGAAAAAUCAUCUAACUCUUCAUUCUUUAAUUGUCUUUGUCAAAUUGUUCCUUGGGGACAAUCAAGUGUAUCAUGUCAUGGAUCAUAUCAUCAAUUGUUCUGAUUGAGUAGAGUGUAUUUAGCUGUUCUCUGCUGCUCCUAACUCUUCUGUCCUCCAGUGUUCAAGGCCAAGGUCCUGAGUGUCAGCCAGAGUCAAUACGACAGAUAUGAGAUGAAGAUCACACAGGUUAUAAAUAUAGGUAAGCCUCCUAUGUCAUCUAGUCUUUCUCUGUUCUCUCUACUCUCUCCUUUCCCUUAUUGUUUCUGAAUGGGAUGCUGAGUUAGUUACAUUUACAUUUUUACAUUUUAGUCAUUUAGCAGACGCUCUUAUCCAAGCGACUUACAGUAGUAUACUAUAUUAUAUGUUUUUUCUAUACUGGCCCCCGUGAUCAAACCCAACCUGGCUUGCAAACGCCAUGCUCUAUCACUGAGCUACAUCCCUCGGCAUCCCUCCCCUUGGCAUUUGCGCCUGAUCUCCCGUUCGGCUCUCACAGAGCCUGAUCGAACCAGGAUAGACCUUAGUCACGCGCCACUCAGGAGCAGCAUGGUUAACUCUGUUUCUCUUUCUCUCCCUCUCUCUGUCCAUACCUCCCUCUCUCCCCCAUCACUCCCCCCCCCCCCCCUCUCUCUUUCCAUACCUCCCUCUCUCCCCCAUCACUCCCUCCCCUUCUCUGUCCAUACCUCCCUCACUCCCCUCCCCUCCCCUCUCCUCAUACUCCCUUCUCCCCAUCACUCCUCCCCUCCCCUCUCCUCCUGUCCAUACCUCCCUCCCUCCCCAUCACUCCCUCCCUCCCCUCUCUCUCGUCCAUACCUCCCUCUCUCCCCAUCACCCCUCCCUCCUCCCCGCUCUCCCAUACUCCCUCUCUCCCACACUCCCUCCCCUCCCUCCCUCUCUGUCCCUACCUCCUCUCUCUCCACUCACUCCUUCUCCUCCCUCUCUCUGUCCAUACCCCCUCUCCCCCAUCACUCCCCCUUCCUCCCUCUCUCCUCCUCCUCUCUCCCCCUCCUUUCCACACCUCCCUCUCUCCCCAUCUCCCUCCACCCCCCCCCUCUCCCCCCUCCCAUCACCCCUCCCUCCCCCCAUCACUCCUCCCCUCCCCUCCCCUCUCUCUGUCCAUACCUCCCUCCUCCCUCCCUCUCCCCUCUCUUCCCCAUCCUCCUCCCUCCCCUCCCCUCCCUCUCUGUCCAUACCUCCCUCUCUCCCCCAUCACUCCCUCCCCUCCCCUCUCUCUGUCCAUACCUCCCUCUCUCCCCUCCAUCCACUCCCUCUCCCCUCCCCUCUCUCUGUCCAUAACCCUCCUCUCUCCCCCUCACUCCCCUCCCCUCCCUCUCUCUCCACUCCUCCCUCCUCCCUCCCUCACUCCUCCCCCCUCCCCUCUCUCUGUCCAUACCUCCCUCCUCCCUCUCCCCCUCCUCCCUCUCUCUGUCCAUACCUCCCUCUCUCCCCCAUCACUCCCUCCCCUCUCUCUUCCCUUCACCCCUCUCCUCUCUCCCCCUCCCCCUCUCUCCCCCAUCACUCCCUUCCCUCCCCUCUCCUGUCCCUAUCCCUCUCCUCUCCCCCAUCACUCCCCUCCCCUCUCCUCCCUCUCUCCCCCAUCAUCCCUCCUCCCCCUCUCUGUAUCCUCCUCUCUCCCCAUCACUCCCUUCCUCCCUCUUCUGUCCAACCCCUCCUCCCCCUCCCCUCCCUCCUCUGUGAACGAGGGGUUGGAGGAGGGGGGUCCAAGUGUGGGUGGACACUAGGGUUUUUCUGUCCCAUGCUGGCUGUAGAGGAGGUCUGGACCUGAAGGAGGAUACAGACUACCUCAUCAUGGGGCCAAAAACUGACCUCUGGUACAAGGACAGUGCCACCAACAGGUGAGGAGGGGCAGUGACAUAUUAUAAUGGACAUAUUAUAGUACUGGCAAGACAAAGCAAGUCAGAACAAUAAAGUUAAUGUUAAUAUCUGCCUAAAGGGGUUAUUUUCUCUCUCUCUUUCUCUCUCUCUCUCUCUCUCUCUCUCUCUCUCAGUGCCACAUACAUGCUGGGCAAGGGUACCUGGGUAGAGCGUUGGCCCACCUCUACAGAGUGUGCUAGUGAUGCCAAACUCAAGGUCAGGUGCACAGAGAUGGACAACUUCAACAAGGACCUCUCAGAGAAGGGAUGUCGGUUUAAAUAGCCUCACUCGCUCACACUUUGCCUAUCAGCUGCCAUUUUGUGUCAAGAUUUACGGACAGUUUGUGUCAAGAUUUACUGUCAUACAGCGCCAUUUUGUGCUAAGCUUUACACCUCUGGAUGCACUGGUUCAGCAGCAACUGUCACCAAUUGAGCCAUGCAGUAGACAUGUACUGCUCUGUUGUAUAAUCACGAUGGUAACCAUCAGAGGAAAACUGACAUUAGAAUUAAAAAGCGUAAAAACAUGACAUAGACUGGUGGGUCUAGGAUUGUGUUACUGGGAGCUCAGCGAUUCGUCACAGCCAGGGCUACAUGAAAUGGCAUACGAUCACAACACACACACACACACACACACACACACACACACUGGGCAGCGAUGGGAACUCACUCAGGUGGCACUGAGUGCAGUGGAAUAUUGUCUCACUACUGUGUAGAAUGCAUUAGUGUUCCGGAACGUUCCACAUAGAGGGAAAAACAAAAUAAAGAAUUCCAGGGAGAUUCUCAGGACAAACCCUCUAACUUUAGAAUGAUUCACAACCUUCUCUUUCUCAUGCAUUUGUUUAACUUGUCCAUGUUGUAGAUUGCAGUACUUUAUUCCUCUCAUUGCCAUAGAUUUGCAAACAUGAUAAUGAUCAACCCAUAUCGUUUCUGCUCUAAGCAAAUAAAUGUGUGGAUGGUUGGGUUGACUGAAGUAUUCUUGGGGGUAUUAUAUUGUGAAUAAUGCUGAAGUGUAUGAGUUCUUGCUCUCUCUUUCACUGUCUCUCUCUCUCCUCUCUCUCUCUCUCACUCGCACACACACACACACACACACACAGGAACACAUGCAGGUCAGGUACUGAUAUCAAUCACAUAAGUAGGCCAACAGUAUGUAAACUAACUUAAAAUAACAUAAUAUCAGUCCACUUAUGAUAUGCUAUCGCCAUACCAAUGACUCAUGAUUUCCAUGUGAUUUUCUGCUGCCCGUAAAAUGUGUGUGUGUGUGUCUUCCAUAAUCUAAAUAGGAAGGCCUUGUAAUGGGCAGCUGGUCACACAGCUGGGCGCACAUGUUGGUAUAGCGUGGGUAGAGUACACACACACACACACACACACACACACUGCGUGCGUAGUGGGUACACACAGAGAGACUUACACACAGUAGCAUUUGCUCAGGGGGAGAUUUCACUGCUUCUGUUUCAGAUGUGAUGUAG